UGUGUCUUUUCUACCAAUUCUCCUACAGGAAACUGCUGUAUAUAUUACCCUGAGGACCAAAAAUAAACGUUGUUUUGUUCUUAGAAUCCCCUUUCCUUGUCUGACACUAUACACGGCGCGCGCGCGCACGCCGUCUUGAUUUAACCCUGCGCGCGCGCGGGCUGACUCAAUCCGCAGCUGAUCCUCACGCGAGUCGAGCAGCUUUACUCUGACUCCGGCUCAUGGCAACAUGGCGACAGAGCUCCAAAACCUUCAGGAUCUGAGGCAUACUGCCUCACUAGCCACCAAGGUGUUCAUUCAGAGGGACUACAGCGAGGGCACCGUUUGCAAGUUCCACACCAAACUUCCAGCAGAACUCAACAGCAGGAUUGAGCGGAACCUGUUUGAGGACACUGUGAAGACGCUUAAUAACUACUACGCAGAGGCUGAGAAGAUCAGCGGUCAGUCUUACCUGGAGGGUUGCUUGGCCUGUGUGUCAGCUUACAUUAUAUUCCUCUGCAUGGAGACACGAUAUGAGAAGGUCUUAAAAAAGAUUUCCAUGUAUAUUCAGGAGCAGAAUGAGAACAUCUAUGCACCCCGAGGACUUCUUAUCACUGACCCUAUUGAGAGGGGCAUGAGAGUGAUAGAGAUCUCUGUCUUUGAGGAUCGCAGCUCCACCGGCUCCAGUUCCAGUGGCAGCUCCGCGUCUGGCAGCAGUGCUCGGUGACUGGAGGAGCAGCACCAGGGGUACGGGUACCGCGGGGCCAAAGGGAUCGCCAAGAUUCGCAUGUUGAAACAUGAGAGCACCAGAUUCUGAAUUAAGGGAAUGUCAAAGCCACUUAUUCCUCCACCCCUCUCUUUGCUAUCACUUAAUUCACACAACAUGCACACAAACCCUCCCUCACUCCCAUCCUUUCAUCGUCUUCUGUGUUUCCAUUAGCAACAUACAUGACCUCAUGAUACCAUAUACCAUGUCCCACAAAUGCUGAAAUAGAGAGCAGGAGUCUACUUAUAUAUUAUAGGCAAAAUAUUUCUUUAAGUAUCCCUGCUACAUUCCUGUCUAUUCCUGUCAAUUGGGCAUUGUUAUGCAUUUGGCAGCUGGGUUGAGUGCUGGAUGAUGUCCAAGCUCUCCUCAUUCUCCUGUCUGGUCUUCUUUAAGAGGCACUGCCACAGUUCACUGCCAUUGCUGAUCCUGUGCAGUGCUUGAGGCUUCUGUUCACUUGGCCAACUCUGCCAUUCACCUGUGGCUCAGUAGUUUGCUGUUCUGUGGUGUGGGCAGCGAGCCCAGGUGGAUCAAGUUCUCCCUGCGUCUCAGCUCAUUGGGUAUGCAAGCGAGCUUUAGCCCAUCGAGGACCUUUUGUAUCCAUGAGAUGAAAGCUACUAGUAAUUUUGGCUUGUCCGCUGAGCUGUGGUUGAUGAAUGUGUGUGUGUAUGUUUGGACAUCAGAUAAGGUACAUUUAGCUGAUAAAAUUCAGAGGAAGUUGAAUCAGCAGCUGCUUAAUAUGAGCUCUCCAACAGAACAGCUGCCUCAUGUGUAACGUAUCUGUCUUGGUCAGUUUUGCACUAAUGAUAGCUCCAGGCUGAAACUCGCACAGCAUCUUAUGUAUGUCUUUAUGCAUACUCAGCAGCUCAACCCUGAAAACAAUCAUAAAGGCAUUGUGAUUUACACAUAUUUACUUCCUGCGUAAAAUAUAAUGAAAUACGUCAAAGAGUCAUAAAGGAUUAAGAUAUGACUGCAUUUGUUAUUUAGGGGCAUUGGGCUCUGUGAACACAACAAAAAAAAAUUCAGAGUAAACAGAAGCCAGACAUGGUAUAAGGGAUUUGUCAUAUGAACAACAGUUGUUUACUCAGAUCAUAUUCAGAAGAGAAGCUGAUAAGGCAAAGGUAACAGAACUUUGCAUCAAAGAUUUUAUUCAUCAGUCUUUUUUGAUUUCUAUUCGAAUUCUCAAUUCUGAUGUAUAGAUCACCCACAUGUAUUAUUAUUAAAAAAGCAUAUGGAUCCAUUGGUCUGUCAUAAGAAUAACACAAAACAAGAAUGAUGUUCUUGAAUGGCUAUAGUAUAAAGGAUACUGACUGCUUUCCAAAGACAACACUGUCGACCGUCUGUAGUUUACAGAAGAGCACUAGUAUGUUCCACAUGAAUAUUGGAACAAUAUCCUGAAGAUAAAUGAGACAAAUGUUUUAGGCACACAUAAACAGCGUUGUUUUUGGAGAUAAGAAAACCAACCUCAAAUAUAAUUCCAUCUGUAAGGCAUAGCAUUCAGUAUCUUUGGUAUCUCAUGGCCUCCAUUUCUAAAACAAUGUACUAAAAACAAACAAUGUUCUAAAAAUGAACCAUUGAAUUCAAAGUUGUGUCAGGAGAUCCUCGGCAGAAUAGCUUAAUGUCAAGGCAUCUGUCUGUACUCUAAAGUUUGGUUCGUGCAAAAUGGCAACAACUGUAACUAUAGGAGUAAAUGAACAAUCAAAUGGCUAAAACCCAAUCACAGUGAAGUACUGUGAAGUAAUCAAAUAUUACAGAAGCCAUGGGCUUGAAGUUAAUGCCUAUAAAGGAGGGUCUGGUAGUUUCUAAAUUUAAAGGAUCACAUAUUUCCUGCAUUAAAUUAGCUGGUUGGUUAAACCAUUUGAAGAUAAGGCACUGUAACAUGUGUUAUUUGUUCAGUCAGUCCAAAAUUAGUGUUUACAACUGGUGGCGUAACAGGUAGCAUUGACAUUUUAGAGCUCCAUGGUCCCUGGUUCGAUUCUGAGCUCAGGUUACUGACUGUGUGGAGUCUUUGUGCAUGUUUUCCCGUGUACAUUCGGGUUUCCUCCAGGUUCUCCACUUUAUGCCCCUUCUCAAAAACAUGUCACUGGCUGUGUUAAAUUCCUCUUGGGUGUUAAUGAAUGUGCAGACUGAUGUGUGUGAUGCUUUGCGAUUGACUGGCCUUCCAGGGAGUAUCCCUGCCUUGCACCCAGUGUUCCCAGGAUAGGCCUCCACCACCACCUUGACCAGGAUAAAGUGGUUACUGAAGGUGAACUAAUGAAUGAAUGUACAGUGAGGCUCCUCCUCUUGUUGGGAAGUGUAAUUCUUUCUCUUUUGCUCCAAAUGUAGCAUUAUCUGCCAGGGCCAAUUUCAGACCGAAGUUGUGAAAUAUACAUGUGCAUUAAGUGAGCUGCACAUAAAGUCACCUUGAUGGAGUUAUGCAUGAAAAAUCACAAUGUCAUCAUAUUUACCUCAGGACAUUAAGUACGGGUUUCUUCACACAUCACUUAUAUCACAUAUCUGUUGUUCAUGCUUUCAGUUUCUCACCUGGAUACCCUAAAGCCCAUUCCACAUUCCUUCCCUAUUGUUUCUAGCCUUUUUUUUUUUAAACCAAGACUUCAUGGUAACCCAUUGCUCAUCUCAGAGCUUGCCAUUAGAUGACUAGUGUUCUAGUGUGCACCCUUCUGUGCCUGCUGCUUUCAUGUUUCAUCACUAUGGAGAUACCCAACCUGGUGCUGAGCAACCGGUAGCCAGCGAGCCGGCUGUAAAUACAUGAGUUGCAAUAUAGGAGCAUGAGAUACUUUCUGUUGGACUAAUUGUAAUUUCAGUGACCAAGUGAAAACUGUGUGUUGUUUUAUAGUUAAGAAAAGGUCUUCCUUGUGCUUGAUCUAGAGAAUUUAAUUUUGUGUAGACAUGUGAAAAGUGAGCGUAUAAUCAUGGGUGUGUUUGUAUAUACAGUGCCCUCCUGAAUUAUUGGCACCCUUCAUAAAAUAAGGUUGUAUAAAAUGAACAUUUCACACAUUAAUUACUUUCCACUCAAACAAUAGGAGAAACUAGUUAUUUUUUGUUCUAACAAAAAAAUUCUCAUUAGAACUACUACUUUUUGAAAUAAUAGUUUAUUCUCUCAAUAAUAUUUGUGCCAGAAUUAUUGACUCCCUUAUGGAAUAUUUUAAAUAAAUGCAAACAAAUUGUCUGUUUAAAAAAAAGGGGGGGGGGGG